CCACAAGACAACACAACCUUCCUUCAUUUCGGGAUUGUUCUCUUCCACUUUUUUGCUCGGAGUCUUGAGAAGUUUUGGCUAAACGUCUCGGAUCUUUCUUCUUCUUCUUUCCCCGUCGUGUUUGGCUCCAUCACAAUGAGUAAGAAGCUUUGGACAGAGGAGCAGUUUAACUGUCCCGUGUGUCUGGAUCUCCCGAAGGAUCCGGUCACCAUACCCUGUGGACACAGCUACUGUAUGGGCUGCAUCAAGGACUUCUGGAGCAAGGAUGACCCCAAAGGGGUCUACAGCUGCCCCCAGUGCCGCCAGACCUUCUGCCCCAAGCCCCCCUUGUCCAGAAACACCAUGCUGGCCGAGGCUGUGGAGCAGCUCCGCAAGGGGGGCCUUACACCAGAGAUGCGGGUUUCUAUUCGAAGCGCUGGUGGGUUGUCCUCUAGAAUCAAAUCCAAACUGCCCACCGGAGUCGUUCUGUGCGACUUGUGCAAAGGGGAGCAGACUCCUGCCCUAAAGAGCUGCCUGGUGUGUAUGAGCUCCUUAUGCGAGACCCACCUGAAGCCCCACAAGACCAAGAAGUCUCUCAAGCAGCAUGAGCUCAUCGCGCCGACCAGCAACCUGGCGGAGAAGAUCUGCACUCAGCACAAGUACCUGCAGGAGUUCUUCUGUCGCCAGUGCAAGAUGUUUGUUUGCUGGCUGUGCACCAGCAACCAGCAUAAAGACCACGAGUGUGUGUCCACCAAAGCUGAAAGAAUGGAGAGAGAGAAGCUGCUGUCAACGAUCCAAGCACAGAACCAGCAGAGGCUGAAGGCCAGGGAGCAGGAGCUGAAGGAUAUGAAGAAGAUGAUGGAGGGGAUAAAGCGUUCCACCGACAAUGUUCAUCGCGAGACGGAAACCGCUCUGGGGGAGCUGCAGCGCUCUGUGGAGCGUCUGCAGGAGCUGCUGGAGGAGGUGCUGGAUCAGGCCAGCAUGGAGAAGAUGAACCAGGCCCAGGAGGUGGCAGACAAGCUGGAGGCGGAGAUCCAGGAGCGGAAGAAGAGGGACACAGAAAUGAAGGACUUGGCGAGCUGUGAAGACAACAUCUUCUACCUGCAGACGUGCGACUCCAUGAGCAGCCCCUGGAAUGUGGCGAGCCGCCCGUGA